AUCGAUCGGGAGCGAAAAUGUCCAAGCUCGGUGGAUCUGCUGCUGCUGGGAGUUCCAAGAGAGGGAAAGGUAGUACUAGUGAUAACAAGAGAUCCGACGAGCAACCAUCGCGGACAAUGUACGCCGUGGUUACCACGACUCUAGGUGCGGCGGAUGUUCUCCAAGUACGGCUUGUGCCCAAACCGAAACCUAAAGCAAACGAAGUGCUCGUGGAAGUGGCUUAUGCUGGGGUGAAUCGACCGGACAUACACCAAAGGGAGAUCAUGUUACCACCCGAUAUUAAGAAUACAAGAAGCGAGUAUCUCGGCCCCGAAUGUUCGGGCAAAGUCAGUGAGCAUGGGGCGGGAUUGUCGGAAGAAGAUAAGAAAUCCUGGAAAAUAGGGAACACGGUGUGUGCUAUUACCAAUGGAGGUAGCUAUGCGGAGUACGUGGCUGUUCCGGUUGCAAAUUUGCUUCCGAUUCCAUCUAAUGCAACUCUAAAGCAAGCCGCAACAUUUCCUCAAGCUGCUUGUACGGUGUGGUCGGAGCUGUUUAUGAAGGAAAGGCUAUCUGAGGGCCUCAUAGAAUAUGAGUAUCCGGGUUCCCGGCUAUCUGCCGGUGAAACACUUUUGAUUCAUGGGGGUUCAAGUGGUAUUGGAACAUUUGCUAUUCAAAUGGCUAAACAUCAGGGGGUGACUGUAUAUGUCACUGCAGGUAGUAAUGAGAAACUAGAUGCUUGUGGGAAGCUUGGAGCCCAUGGUUGCAUCAAUUAUCAUAAGGAGGAGUUUGAAAAAGUGGUAAUGAAGGAAACAAAAGGCAAAGGUGUGGAUGUCAUCUUGGAUUGCCUUGGGGAAAAGUAUACACUGGAAAACUUAACUUGCUUAAGUUCUGGGGGUAGGCUCGUCACAAUUGGUCCUUGCUGUAAUACACAGGGUUAAAGCGUGUGCCCUUCGGAACAGAACUCCAGAGAGCAAAGCUGCAAUUGUGAAGGAGGUCAGGAGUCAUGUCUGGCCCGCAAUUGAGGCCGGUCAUGUGAAAGCCUAUGAUAACAAAAUCCCCGCUUUUCCCUUUAAAAGGGCAGCAGACGCUCACAAACGCAUGGAGAAGGGUGACUUUACCGGGAAGAUUUUGCUUUAUCCGGGGACAUUACCAUGAUAGAACCAAAUUAAGCUUCAAAAUUUUAUCACAAGUUAGUCAGUAUUGACAAGAAGUCUUUAAAAGAUAUUAUGAAGAAGGCAGAA